AUGAAAUAUAUUGAGGAAAAUGUUUUGGUACGAUAUCAAUCUCUAUUCCAGCAUUUUAGUAAUACGGUAAUCGCAAAACAACAAAGGAUGGCGUUCGCUGUACGGCGAGUUGCAAAGUCGGAUACGAACAAUGUUAUGGCAUUUUUAAAAAGAACGUUUUUCAUGCACGAACCACUUUAUAAGAAAAUUGGGUAUUGUAAAUCGGAAAAUGAUGACUGUACUGAUUUGGACAGAUACUGUAGAUACUGUCUCCCUGGCAAAUCGUACAUGGCUGAAGAUGCGAGUGGAAAUAUUAUUGGGGUGCUCAUAAGUAGCAUCAGUUCAGUGAAAGAUUCUAUGGACUACCGCCUAGUGAAGUCACUUUGCGUUGAUCCAAAUUUUAAAGUUAUCUUAGACAUGGUCGAUGUUCGAGAAAAGGGUGCCCAACUGGGUGUAAAGUAUCCAAAUGAGAAAAAACUAUUUGAAAUCAUAUUUGCAGCGACAGACGAUAACUGGUUAAACAGGGGUGUGAUGAAGAAGCUAAUGGAAGAAGCAGAGAAAAAAGCAAGAGAAAAAGGUCUACGGUUGAUGCGCAUAGAUACCACAAGCGCAUACUCUGCGAAGGCAGCUGAAAAAAUGGGUUUCAAAUGUAUUUACAAGCGAGCCUAUAGAGAUAUUAACUUAAUUAUACCAGAUCCCCCCCACGAGUAUGAUCAAGUAUAUAUUAAGGAAUUCAAUUAA